AUGAUCAACAUGCGGUUCGUGUCAGUGAUCGUCUACCCGACGCGGGACAGUCUCCAGCUGAUGGGUGCCAUUGUGAUACUGACCGGCAUCUGGAUCAUCUCGCUGGUGCUGGCCUCACCGAUGUUCAUAACCCGGCGGCUCAUCCACUACAACGUGAACCUGCUCGGGAUCGACUACAUCUCGUACUGCGUCGAGGACUGGCCGAUGGCGUACGGCCGGCUGUACUACUCGGUGUUUACGCUGUGCGUCCAGUACGUGCUACCGAUUCUGAUAGUAUCGGUGGCGUACCUGCGGAUCUACUUGAAAUUGAAGCACCGCUUGGUGGUUACCACGACCACGUCCGUCAGUUCCGGCGGCAAAGACCAGCCCCAGCCGGUGCGGGAGCGGGAACGGGGUCGCCGAAUGCAGCGCACCAACUACCUGCUGAUCAGUAUAGCCUUAAUCUUCGGAAUUUCGUGGCUUCCGUUGAACCUGUUCAACCUGUUUGCAGACCUGUAUCUCACGGACAGUGUCUCCCAGGACAUGAUGGUCGCGUACGCCAUCUGCCACAUGAUGGGCAUGAGCUCGGCCUGUUCCAAUCCGCUGCUGUACGGCUGGCUGAACGAUAACUUUCGCAAAGAAUUUAACGAACUUCUCUGCCGGAAGGACACGAGCGCGGUCGGCUCGAAUGGAAAUGGCGGCGGAAAAACGCUCUCGAGAAAAAUUCGAACUACGGCAGCCGUCCCGGAAGUAACGCAGGACCCGCACUGGGAGAAGCGCCUGGAGCAGCUGGACCGACAGGACCGGAUGAAGCUCUGCGGUGACGAGGACAGCGUUUGAAGGGUUUGAUUUUUGACGUCCAAGGACUUUGCUGUAAAAAUUGUAGUUUUUAAGCUCGCUGCUGUUUAAAGUACCGCGUUGAGCAUCAACGGAUUACGCCUAGAUGUAUGCUGAACGAAAAAGGGGAAAGAAAGCUUUCGCGUAGAAGGUGAACGAAAAAGUUGUACUGGUGAAAGCGUUGCACCUGGUUAGAGAAUCUAUACACCAGGGAAGGGCAAUCUGAGGUGCAGGAUAAGUAUUGUCGAUAGAUUCGUACGUCUGACAGUGAUUCUAUGAAGAAAAUAAAUACGACUCUUAAAUGGAAGGCUAAUGCGAGGCUGGAUUUUGAAAAUACAAAAUCUUAUUUUAAAUACUGUUGAUUUUGUUUCAGUAGAUGGAAUAGUGUCAUAAGUUCAAAUCUAUCCUUAUCGUUUCUAUUGCAAACACACAGAAAAAAAAUGAUGGUAAUAUUCAUCAGGAAAUGGUGACAGAUUUUGUGGCAAAAAAAAUGAUUAAUUUUACCCCAGAAAAUGAUGAAUUUUCAUCAGUUUUUGAUGAAUAUUCGUCAGGUUCACAUUUUUACACAUUUUUUAUGUAAUAUUACUCAAAAAAAGAGGUAAUAUUCAACCUACCAAAUUUUCAACAUUCCAAACCUCAACUUUUUUUUUCUGUGCAUUAUUUUUUCAAUAUGCUAUUAAACUCUGAAAGAAACAGUGUGAUAAAAGAAUAAUUAUCAAUGGGGAUGGAGGUAUCUCUUACAUUUCCAUUGGAACCACUUGAUUCGAGGUAUCAACAUUAUCAUUGAGAGGCGAUGACGUUCAACCUGUUAGUGUUCCAACUGAGAUCUAGAAAUCCAUUCGUUUCCAAUAAAUUGGUAUGAUCAUAAAUUGAGGAAUAUCAUAAAUUCUAAAUACGCAUUGAGUAAGUUUCUACGUAUCCGUAUUUAUAUUUUUUUAAUUGAAUAUAACUUUGUUCUUGUAUUGCGUAUAUGUCAAAAAAGCAAUUUUACUUCAGACAUUUUUCCACACAAGUCUCAAUAUAAUUUUCGGGUUGGUCGCAUGUAAAUUUUCGAAAAUCUGUAUUUUAAGAUUUUUUGCCAUCAUCACCUCAAUGAGGAAAGGCUAUAAAAAAACUCGAAAAUUGAACUUCGUAAUUUGACUUCAUACACCCACCUUCACGUAUACAUAUCGACUCAGAAUGAGCAAAUGUCUGUGUGUGUGGUGGGAUGUUGAUCAAAAAAUUGUCACUCGAUUAUCUCGGCACUGGCUGAACCGAUUUUAUCUGUUUUGGACUCAUUAGAUCCGUCUUGAGGUCCCAUUAGUCGCAAUAGAAAAUUGUGAAGUUUAGUUAAGUACUUCAAAAGUUAUGCUAAAAAGUCGAUUUCGACUAAUGUCCAAAAUUGUAAAAAGGGUGGUUUUUUGUAGGAAACCCUUCAUGUUUUACAUUUUUUUAAAGGUAUUUAUAACACCUUUCCAACGAGCCGAACAUAUUGAAGAUCUGGCAACCCUAUCAAAUGUUAUAAGCACUUAAGUGUUAUUUAUACACUUUUUUUUAGGCUGGAUCUCAGAUAUUUUAAUGAAAACAUUGUCCGGAUCUAUCACCCACCGUUGGAUGGGUAAUCAAAAGACCUUUCCAAUGAGUCCACAAUAUCGAAGAUCUGACCACCCUAUCAAAAGUUAUUAGCACUUAUGUGUUAUUUAUACACUUUGUUUAUGCCGGCUCUCAGAUAUUUUGAUGAAAACGUUGUUCGGCUCUUUUAUGCGACCCAUCUUUGAAUUCGUCAUCAAAAGAGCUUUGCAAUGAGCUCAAAAAAUUGAAAAUCUGAAAACGCGCAGUCACAAAAAAAAAAUAGUAAUGAAGCUUAAUUUUUUAAACAUGUAAAGAGGGAAUUAUGCUAUUUUGUCUAAAUGUAUUUACUAUAUGAAUGUCAGGAAGGCACCAACCACCUAAGGAUGGAUUAAGUAACGUUUUUUCAUUGAUUUGGUGUAUUUGGGAUCUGUGGAUUGUAUUUAAAUCUAGCUCGACUUAUAAAUAUUCCCAAAAAAAGUGUUUUUGAACCCUCUUGAUUGAAGCAUUUAAGUAUUUAAAUAUUCUAUAGAAAAUCGAGAAAACUUUUUUUGCCUUCAUCACCUUACUGAGGAAAGGCUAUAAAAUCACUCGAAAAAUUAACUUCUUAAUACGAACCCGUAGACCCACCGCCGCUUAAACCUAUCAACUCAGAAUUGAAUUCCGAACAAAUUUCUAUGCGUGUGUCUGGGUGUGAAUUCGUGCACCAAAAAACUCACUCAAUUAUCUCCGGACUGGCUGAAUUCAUUUGGACCGUUUUGGUCUAAUUCGAUCCGUCUUGCGGUCCCAUAAGACCCUACCUAAUACUAUGAAGUUUAGAUAAGUACUUCAAAAUUCAUGCCAAAAUAACAAUUUUGGCAAAAUUUCGGAAGAUUGUAAACAGGGUGGUUUUUGAAAGAGAACCGUUCUUGUUAUAUAAUUUAAGAAAGAUAUUUGAAAGGAUUUUCAAAUGAGCCAAAAACAUUAAGGAUCUGAUAAUCUUAUCAAAAGUUAUGAGCACUUAGAGGCCGGAUCUCACACAUUUCGAUAAAAGCAAUGUCCGGAUCUAGCAUGCGACUCAUCGUUGGGUGAGUUAUCAAAAGACCUUUCUAACUAGUCCAACAUAUUUAAGAUCUGACCACCCUAUUAAAAGUUAUGAGCACUUAUGUGUUAACUAACCAUUUUUUUUGAGGCCAGAUCUCUGAAAUUUUGAUGAAAAUGAAGUCCGGAUCAAUCAUAAGAGGAUAUUGAAGUUCUGAAAACCUUUUUAAAAGUUAUGAAAAUAAGAUGUUAUAUUUUGUAUUUGCAUUUGCAUUGCUAUUUAUUUAUUGAAGAAAAAAAAGUAAAGGUGAGGAAGCCAUCAGCAUUCUCAAGGUGGAUUAAGUAACGUUUUAUCCAAUAGUUUCCGAGAUAUCGCGAGAUGGAAAAUGAGGUCUAACUAGUUGACACUAAGUAAAACUUAUUUUAUCCGAAAUUCAAAAUUAAAGGGGCAACAACUAGCAGUCCGAUCAACAAAGUCAAAAAAUUGCAGUUCGUGCCUGUCGUGCUAACUUGUCGCACUUGCAUUUUGAGGCCAAAUUGUGUUAAGAAUGUCAUUUUGUGCAGCUCACAAUGCAUCACCCUUUGACCUUCACAGAUCUCCAAAAUUCGAUUCCAAUCCUGAGAUAUUCAAUAAUUUAAUAUCACCAGAGGUGAAAUUGAGCCCUUCUUAAAAAAUGAUGAAACUCGUAAAAAUAUAUUGGUGCAAUUAAUUUUUCAGAAACAUAAUGAUACCAACCAGUGAGAAUUUGACCUAAAGCUUCGAAUCUUUUUACCUUACUAAACCUCGAAUGCCCUUUUUUUUUAAUUUCAGGGGUACAUGAUGGGUCGCAAGAUAAUUAUAUUCAAUUAAGAAAAACUUAUUGGAUUGACAUUAUUAGAAAAAAAAUAAAGGGUACUCAGUCUUUAAUGUUAGUCUAUGAUUAACUUGAAAAAUUAUGUAUCGAUAUUGCACUUUGUCGAUUUAUUAUGAGAAGCCAGAAAGCACAUUUUCACGCACAGCGUAAAACGCGCAAGCGUAGAUGUGCUGGCGUUUAUGCUUCGACUUGAUAACUUGUCGAGCUUUCGAGCGAGAACGAACCGGGACUUCGAAUUUGAUGUUCAGUGUAUGAUUCUGUAUAAAACCAAAAAUUUAAUAGGAAAAAAGGGGGAAAAUAAAACGAAAAACACUAGUAUGGCUAUAUCUCUGGAAAUACAUUUUGGAAAAGCUUCAAAUUUUGGGCACAGGCAGAUUAUGGCGCAUGUUUUCGAAUGGCUUUUUGUUUGAAUUUGAAUUCUUUUUAUUUGAUAGUGUUAUCUGUAAAAUAAUCCAAAAAAUACCUCUAAAAAUGUCUUUGACCUCACUUACUGGUCGAAAAUUGUGAAUCGAAAAAUAAAAUGUUCGUCUCCGACCCCACGGCUACAAAUCUGAAAUAAAAAAAUUGUGGGUUUUACUAGUGGUUUUCCAAUGAUGGAAGACACAAAUUUUUAAGAGCGGAUGCAUACAUCGCACAAGUAUUUCAGAAAAAGAGCUCUCAAAAAUCAGGCUUUGAGUUCCGGGGUUCGGGCCAAAAUUUAAUCGAAAGAGCGCAUCAAAACCUUCAAUUUAAUAAUAGGAUUUUGUUCUGGGACGUUUCCCCACCGCGCACGAUUUUUUUAAGAUUUCUGAGAAAAGCGUUUUCACAAAAGCAAACCUUAAACCUUUCUUUUGUAAGAAAGGCAAAACCGAAAAAACUCCGUGCAUUGUUGUCGCUCUUCAUAGUUUCAAUCUUGUCGUGCCCUGAAAAUAUAUGUGCGACAACUGGCCAAAGGGAUUUCUGGUCAGAGCGCGUUUGACGCACGUACAAGUUAGACUACCGUAAACAUUUGUAAAUAUAACUCGGGACUCCAAAAAAAGUUUAUUAAAAACACUAAAGUACUUAUAACUUUUGAUAGGGUUGUCAGAUCUUCAAUCUUUUGAGCUUGUUGGAAAGGUCUUUUAAUUACCUAUCCAACGAUGGGUCGCAUGAUAGAUCUGGACAACUUUUCCAUCAAAAUAUUUGAGAUCCGGCCUCAAAAAAGUGUAUUAAUAACACUUAAGUGCUCAUAACUCUUGAUGGGGUUGUCAGAUCUGCAACCUUUUGAACGCGUUGGAUAGGUCUUUCAAAUACCUUUCUUACAAUAUAUAGCAUGACGGGUUUUCUUACAAAAACCACUCUUUUUUAUAAUAUUUCAAACUCUAGCCAAAUCGUUUUUUUAGCAUAACUUUUGAAGUACUUUUCUAAACUUCGUAAUAUUAACUAGGGUCUUGUGGGACCCCAAGACGAAUCGAAUGAGAUCAGUUAGGUAUACGUGAAGUUGGGUCUACGAGGUCAAAUAAAGAAGUUCAUUUUUCGAGUGAUUUCAUAGCCUUUCCUUAUGAGGUGAGGAAGGCAAAACAGUACUAUUUAUCAAAAAAUGGGUCCGAUUAUUUUGAUUCAAAUUCGCAUCUUUUGACACAGGAAAUGCACGGACUUUGUUUAAUCCUAAUAAAAUUAAAAAUUAAACUCGAAGAAUGUUGCAAAACUCGUCUUGUUAGCUUAUUUUUUAAAUGAAAUUAACAAAAACAACAACUGAUUUACUUUACUCUAAGCAAAGAAACAUCUUUUGUUUUGUUUGAUUGAUUUCAUGUCAAAUCGGUCUUAGAUUUAUAUCAGAACUGUUUUGUUUUGUUAAACUGGAGCUUACUUGAAUUAAAUCAUUAAAUCCUUUAAAAUAAUAAUUAUUAAACUGACACCAGUCAACUUGAUAAGUUUCAUUACUUUCGACCACCGUAUUGUCCAGCCUCACAUCAGCCGCAAUCCACGCCCACAUAAGUGAACAAAUUCCACUGUUUCGUAAUUUAUUUCCCUUUUGAGCCCAGCAAUGAAUUUACGUCAAUUAAUUGGGAAUCGAAGCAAGAAUGUGUGUCCGGAUAGACGAUCAAUUAAUUACCGAUAAAUUCAUUGUUCCUUUUUGUACAACGGAAGAAUGUGACUUCUUUCUCGCAAGCAGGGAAUUUCUUCACUUGAUUUAUUUACGCUAGACUAGAUUAGGGCAAGCCGCGACCGAGUUUCGUGAGCCAUAGUAAAUUUUACCAAGAUAUACUGUAAUAUAGUUUCCAUAAGAGUAUCCUGUAUCUCUGCAAAGAGCAUCCGACGUUAUAGUUAUACCGGUUUCUGUAAACUAAAAGUUAGCCAGCCGGUUUGUACAGACCAAGUCUAAUGAAAAAAUAAAUAAAUAAAGAAUGAUUCUAUUUUAGUCUAUUACGAGCGAUGACCGGUGAGCCGGGCAGAAUUUUGAACAUAAAGCAACUUUAUCAAUGUUGGGCCAUUUCGAACGCAAAUAUAUCGAAUUUCACUUUUAAU